AUGUUACAGUAAGAGAUGUUACACUAAGAGCUGUUACACUAAGAGAUGUUACAGUAAGAGCUGUUACACUAAGAUAUGCUACACUAAGAGAUGUUACACUAAGAUAUGCUACACUAAGAGCUGCAACACUAAGAGAUGUUACACUAAGAGAUGUUACACUAAGAGCUGUUACACUAAGAGCUGCAACACUAAGAUAUGUUACACUAAGAGAUGCUACACUAAGAGCUGCAACACUAAGAGAUGUUACACUAAGAGCUGCUACACUAAGAGAUGUUACACUAACAGCUGCAACACUAAGAGAUGCUACACUAAGAGAUGCUACACUAAGAGAUGCUACACUAAGAGAUGUUACACUAAGAGCUGUUACACUAAGAGCUGUUACACUAACAGCUGCAACACUAAGAGAUGCUACACUAAGAGAUGCUACACUAAGAGAUGCUACACUAAGAGAUGCUACACUAAGAGCUGCAACACUAAGAGCUGCUACACUAAGAUGUUACACUAAGAGCUGCAACACUAAGAGAUGUUACACUAAGAGCUGUUACACUAACAGCUGCAACACUAAGAGAUGCUACACUAAGAGAUGCUACACUAAGAGAUGUUACACUAAGAGCUGUUACACUAAGAGCUGUUACACUAACAGCUGCAACACUAAGAGAUGCUACACUAAGAGAUGCUACACUAAGAGAUGCUACACUAAGAGCUGCAACACUAAGAGCUGCUACACUAAGAUGUUACACUAAGAGCUGCAACACUAAGAGAUGUUACACUAAGAGAUGUUACACUAAGAUAUGUUACACUAAGAGCUGCAACACUAAGAGAUGUUAAACUAAGAGAUGUUACACUAAGAGAUGUUACACUAAGAGAUAUUACACUAAGAGCUGUUACACUAAGAGAUGUUACACUAAGAGCUGUUACACUAAGAUAUGCUACACUAAGAGAUGUUACACUAAGAUAUGCUACACUGAGAGCUGCAACACUAAGAUAUGUUACACUAAGAUAUGCUACACUAAGAGCUGCAACACUAAGAGAUGUUACACUAAGAGCUGCUACACUAAGAGUUGUUACACUAAGAGCUGCAACACUAAGAGAUGUUACACUAAGAGAUGCUACACUAAGACCUGCAACACUAAGAGAUGUUACACUAAGAGCUGCAACACAAAGAGAUGUUACACUAAGAGAUGAUACACUAAGAGAUGUUACACUAAGAGCUGUUACACUAAGAGCUGCAAUACUAAGAGCUGCAACACUAAGAGCUGCUACACUAAGAGAUGUUACACUAAGAUAUGUUACACUAAGAGCUGCAACACUAAGAGAUGUUAAACUAAGAGAUGUUACACUAAGAGAUGUUACACUAAGAGAUGUUACACUAAGAGAUGCUACACUAAGAGAUGUUACACUAAGAUAUGCUACACUAAGAGCUGCAACACUAAGAGAUGUUACACUAAGAGAUGUUACACUAAGAGCUGCAACACUAAGAGCUGCAACACUAAGAGCUGCUACACUAAGAGAUGUUAAACUAAGAGAUGUUGCACUAAGAGCUGCUACACUAAGAGCUGCUACACUAAGAUAUGUUACACUAACAGCUACAACACUAAGAGAUGCUACACUAAGAGAUGCUACACUAAGAGAUGCUACACUAAGAGAUGCUACACUAAGAGAUGUUACACUAACAUAUGCUACACUAAGAGCUGCAACUCUAAGAGCUGUUACACUAAGAGCUGCAACACUAAGAUAUGUUACACUAAGAGAUGUUACACUAAGAGAUGUUACACUAAGAGCUGUUACACUAAGAUAUGCUACACUAAGAGCUGUUACACUAAGAGCUGCUACACUAAGAGCUGCUACACUAAGAGAUAUUACACUAAGAGCUGUUACACUAAGAGCUGUUACACUAAGAGCUGUUACACUAAGAGAUGUUACACUAAGAGCUGCAACACUAAGAUAUGUUACACUAAGAGCUGCUACACUAAGAGAUGUUACACUAAAAGCUGCUACACUAAGAGAUGUUACACUAAGAGAUGCUACACUAAGACCUGCAACACUAAGAGAUGUUACACUAAGAGCUGCAACACAAAGAGAUGCUACACUAAGAGAUGUUACACUAAGAGCUGUUACACUAAGAGCUGCAACACUAAGAGCUGCAACACUAAGAGCUGUUACACUAAGAGCUGCAACACUAAGAGCUGCAACACUAAGAGCUGCUACACUAAGAGCUGCUACACUAAGAGAUGCUACACUAAGAGAUGUUACACUAAGAGAUGUUGCACUAAGAGCUGCUACACUAAGAGCUGCAACACUAAGAGCUGCUACACUAAGAGAUGUUACACUAAGAUAUGUUACACUAACAGCUGCAACACUAAGAGAUGCUACACUAAGAGAUGCUACACUAAGAGAUGUUACACUAAGAGCUGCUACACUAAGAGCUGCUACACUAAGAUGUUACACUAAGAGAUGUUACACUAAGAUAUGUUACACUAAGAGAUGUUAAACUAAGAGAUGUUACACUAAGAGAUGUUACACUAAGAGAUGUUACACUAAGAGCUGUUACACUAAGAGAUGCUACACUAAGAGAUGUUACACUAAGAGCUGUUACACUAAGAGAAGCUACACUAAGAGAUGUUACACUAAGAGAUUCUACACUAAGAGCUGCAACACUAAGAGAUGUUACACUAAGAGAUACUACACUAAGAGAUACUACACUAAGAGCUGCAACACUAAGAGAUGUUACACUAAGAGCUGCAACACAAAGAGAUGUUAAUAUAAGAUAUGUUACACUAAGAGAUGUUACACUAAGAGCUGUUACACUAAGAUAUGCUACACUAAGAGCUGUUACACUAAGAGCUGCUACACUAAGAGAUAUUACACUAAGAGCUGUUACACUAAGAGCUGUUACACUAAGAGCUGUUACACUAAGAGCUGUUACACUAAGAGCUGCAACACUAAGAUAUGUUACACUAAGAGCUGCUACACUAAGAGAUGUUACACUAAGAGCUGCUACACUAAGAGAUGCUACACUAAGAGAUGUUACACUAGGUUAUAUUACACUAGGAGAUGUUACACUAAGAGAUGGUACACUAAGAGCAGCUACACUAAGUGCUGCUACACUAAGAUAUGUUACACUAAGAGAUGUUAAACUAAGAGAUGUUACACUAAGAGAUGUUACACUAAGAGCUGCAACACUAAGAGCUGCUACACUAAGAGAUGUUACACUAAGAGAUGUUACACUAAGAGAUGCUACACUAAGACCUGCAACACUAAGAGCUGUUACACUAAGAGCUGCAACACUAAGAGAUGUUACACUAAGAGAUAUUACACUAAGAGCUGCAACACUAAGAGAUGUUACACUAAGAGCUGCUACUCUAAGAGCUGCAACACUAAGAGAUGUUGCACUAAGAGCUGCAACACUAAGAGAUGUUACACUAAGAGAUGUUACACUAAGAGAUGUUACACUAAGAGCUGCUACACUAAGAGCUGCUACACUAAGAGAAGUUACACUAAGAGAAGUUACACUAAGAGAUGUUACACUAAGAUAUGUUACACUAACAGCUGCAACACUAAGAGAUGCUACACUAAGAGAUGCUACACUAAGAGAUGUUACACUAAGAGAUGCUACACUAAGAGAUGUUACACUAAGAGAUGUUACACUAAGAGAUGCUACACUAAGAGCUGCAACACUAAGAGAUGUUACACUAAGAGAUGUUACACUAAGAGCUGCUACACUAAGAGCUGCAACACUAAGAGCUGCUACACUAAGAUGUUACACUAAGAGCUGCAACACUAAGAGAUGUUACACUAAGAGAUGUUACACUAAGAGCUGCAACACUAAGAUAUGUUACACUAAGAGCUGCUACACUAUGAUAUGUUACACCAAGAGCUGUUACACUAAGAGCUGCAACACUAAGAGCUGCAACACUAAGAGCUGCAACACUAAGAGAUGUUACACUAAGAGCUGCAACACUAAGAGAUGCAACACUAAGAGCUGUUACACUAAGAGCUGCUACACUAAGAGAUAUUACACUAAGAGCUGUUACACUAAGAGCUGUUACACUAAGAGCUGUUACACUAAGAGCUGUUACACUAAGAGAUGUUACACUAAGAGCUGCAACACUAAGAUAUGUUACACUAAGAGCUGCUACACUAAGAGAUGUUACACUAAGAGCUGCUACACUAAGAGAUGCUACACUAAGAGAUGUUACACUAGGUUAUAUUACACUAGGAGAUGUUACACUAAGAGAUGGUACACUAAGAGCAGCUACACUAAGAGCUGCUACACUAAGAUAUGUUACACUAAGAGAUGUUAAACUAAGAGAUGUUACACUAAGAGAUGUUACACUAAGAGCUGCAACACUAAGAGCUGCUACACUAAGAGAUGUUACACUAAGAGAUGUUACACUAAGAGAUGCUACACUAAGACCUGCAACACUAAGAGCUGUUACACUAAGAGCUGCAACACUAAGAGAUGUUACACUAAGAGAUAUUACACUAAGAGCUGCAACACUAAGAGAUGUUACACUAAGAGCUGCUACUCUAAGAGCUGCAACACUAAGAGAUGUUGCACUAAGAGCUGCAACACUAAGAGAUGUUACACUAAGAGAUGUUACACUAAGAGAUGUUACACUAAGAGAUGUUACACUAAGAGCUGCUACACUAAGAGCUGCUACACUAAGAGAAGUUACACUAAGAGCUGCUACACUAAGAGAUGUUACACUAAGAUAUGUUACACUAACAGCUGCAACACUAAGAGAUGCUACACUAAGAGAUGCUACACUAAGAGAUGUUACACUAAGAGAUGCUAUACUAAGAGAUGUUACACUAAGAGAUGUUACACUAAGAGAUGCUACACUAAGAGCUGCAACACUAAGAGAUGUUACACUAAGAGAUGUUACACUAAGAGCUGCUACACUAAGAGCUGCAACACUAAGAGCUGCUACACUAAGAUGUUACACUAAGAGCUGCAACACUAAGAGAUGUUACACUAAGAGAUGUUACACUAAGAGCUGCAACACUAAGAUAUGUUACACUAAGAGCUGCUACACUAUGAGAUGUUACACCAAGAGCUGUUACACUAAGAGCUGCAACACUAAGAGCUGCAACACUAAGAGCUGCAACACUAAGAGAUGUUACACUAAGAGCUGCAACACUAAGAGAUGCAACACUAAGAGAUGCUAA